GGAACGCCUGAGCGCCUGCCGAGCGCGGACCCGCGGCCGGGCGCACACUGCGCGCGAAACGACUUCGGGCGCCCGGACCACCCGAGUGCGAGAUUAUCUGUUACUGAUUGAAAGAAGCUGCUUCUACAAGAGAGUAGCAGAAGAGGUGAAGAAACCACAUGGAAGACCCCCAGGAUUUAAAUGAUCAAUCAGUAAAGAAAACGUGUACCGAAUCAGAUGUUUCAGAAUCUCAGAAUUCCAGGUCUAUGGAAAUGCAGGACCUAGCAAGUCCUCAGCCUUUGGUGGGCGGUGGUGAUACUCCUGGGAGCUCCAAAUUGGAGAAAACGAACCUCAGCAGCACGUCAGUCACCACAAACGGGACAGGAGGGGACAACAUGACUGUUUUAAAUACUGCAGACUGGUUGCUGAGUUGCAGCACCCCUUCUUCUGCAACAAUGUCUCUCCUUGCAGUCAAAACAGAGCCUUUGAACAGCAGUGAAACCACAACCACGACUGGAGAUGGAGCGCUUGACACAUUUACUGGGUCAGUAAUAACCAGUAGUGGCUACAGUCCCAGAUCAGCACAUCAAUAUUCCGCACAGCUGUAUCCUUCCAAGCCCUAUCCACACAUUCUUUCUACACCAGCAGCUCCAACUAUGUCUGCCUACGCAGGCCAGACUCAGUAUUCGGGGAUGCAGCAGCCAGCCGUCUACACUGCCUAUUCACAGACAGGACAGCCCUACAGUCUGCCUACUUACGACUUAGGUGUGAUGUUGCCAGGCAUUAAGACUGAGGGGGGACUUUCACAAACUCAGUCCCCAUUACAAAGUGGGUGCCUCAGUUACAGCCCAGGAUUCUCCACUCCACAGCCCGGCCAGACACCUUAUUCCUACCAGAUGCCAGGUUCUAGUUUUGCACCAUCCUCUACUAUUUACGCAAAUAAUUCAGUUUCCAAUUCAACAAAUUUCAGCAGUUCACAACAGGAUUAUCCAUCCUACACAGCCUUUGGCCAAAAUCAGUAUGCACAGUAUUACUCAGCAUCAACGUAUGGUGCAUAUAUGGCAUCUAAUAACACAGCUGAUGGCACAUCAUCCUCAACCUCAACCUACCAACUGCAGGAAUCUCUCCCCGGAUUGACCAGUCAACCAGGUACAGAUCUUCACCCAGGAGAGUUUGAUACUGUUCAGAGUCCCUCCACACCCAUCAAAGACCUUGAUGAGAGAACAUGUAGGAGUUCUGGAUCAAAGUCCCGAGGAAGAGGCCGGAAGAAUAAUCCCUCCCCACCUCCUGACAGUGACCUGGAGCGUGUAUUUGUCUGGGAUUUGGAUGAAACCAUCAUUGUUUUUCACUCAUUGCUUACAGGAUCUUAUGCCCAGAAGUACGGAAAGGAUCCCCCUAUGGCUGUAAAUCUUGGACUUCGAAUGGAGGAAAUGAUAUUUAAUCUUGCGGAUAUUCAUUUAUUUUUUAAUGAUUUAGAGGAAUGCGAUCAAGUUCAUAUAGAUGAUGUUUCUUCUGAUGAUAAUGGACAGGACUUAAGUACCUACAGUUUUGCAACUGAUGGCUUCCAUGCAGCUGCAAGUAGUGCAAACCUUUGUUUGCCAACAGGUGUGAGAGGAGGAGUUGACUGGAUGAGGAAGUUGGCUUUUCGUUACAGAAGAGUAAAAGAAUUAUACAACUCCUACAAAAACAAUGUCGGAGGUCUUCUUGGCCCUGCCAAGAGAGAUGCAUGGCUGCAGUUACGGGCAGAAAUUGAAGGUCUAACAGAUUCCUGGCUAACGAAUGCACUUAAAUCUUUAUCUAUCAUUAGUAAAAGGAGUAACUGCGUAAAUGUGUUGGUAACAACAACGCAACUGAUCCCAGCACUUGCGAAGGUUCUACUCUAUAGCUUAGGAGGUGCUUUUCCUAUUGAGAAUAUUUACAGUGCAACUAAAAUAGGGAUCGACAAGAACAAAUGGAGCCCUUAG